GCCGGCCGGAAGCUGGGGGGCGGGACGCGGCGGGGGCGGGGCCGACAGAGUCGGCUCCGACCCGGAGGACAGGGAGUCGUUGAGGCGGUGCUGCCUCUCCCUGGUGCCCGCGCGCUCCAAGGGGCCCGGCUGGCGCUGCGGGGGCCCCGGGAGGUUAAAGACUAAGCAUGGGGAAGAGCUGCAAGGUGGUUGUGUGUGGCCAGGCAUCCGUGGGAAAAACAUCCAUCCUGGAGCAGCUUUUGUAUGGGAACCAUGUCGUGGGUUCUGAGAUGAUCGAGACACAGGAGGACAUCUAUGUGGGCUCCAUCGAGACAGACCGGGGGGUGCGGGAACAGGUGCGCUUCUAUGACACGCGGGGGCUCCGAGACGGGGCUGAGCUGCCCCGGCAUUGCUUCUCCUGCACCGAUGGCUAUGUCCUGGUCUACAGCACGGACAGUCGAGAGUCCUUUCAGCGGGUGGAGCUUCUCAAGAAGGAGAUUGACAAAUCCAAGGACAAGAAGGAGGUCACCAUUGUCGUCCUUGGCAACAAGUGUGACCUACAGGAGCAGCGACGUGUGGAUCCGGACGUGGCUCAGCACUGGGCCAAGUCGGAGAAGGUGAAGCUGUGGGAGGUGUCGGUGGCUGACCGCCGCUCCCUCCUGGAGCCCUUCGUCUACCUGGCCAGCAAGAUGACGCAGCCCCAGAGCAAGUCCGCCUUCCCCCUCAGCCGGAAGAACAAGGGCAGCGGCUCUCUGGAUGGCUGAGACCUGCCUUUCCCGCCUCACCCUCCCAGCCCCAACUUGGCUUGUGGGGCUCUGGGAGGUGGGAGGGCAAGAGGGGAGGGCAGGCAAGCUUGUCUGGGAGCCGGGGGAGCCCACACUAGCCAGGCCCAGGCCAGCCCCAG